UCUUUAUAUAUGCAAUCUAUGGCUGUAGCAAUCACAACACGUCACAUGACCAGAGUCAUCCUAAUAGUUAUUAAAUGCACGCGAACAUAUUCAACAGCCCAGUUCGUUCUCUCUAGUUGCUGACAGCUUUACUUAUCUGGCAACAAAACCGUCCGCCCUGAACAGCUCUGCAGUCUGUUUUAUUUUGUUAGCUACAGUAGCUAGUUUUAGUUAAGUUUUUGUUGUUGUGGAUCUUGUUAGCAAAUUACUUGUUGAUUUUCUUGUUGUUUGGUAAACAAUCGAAUUUGCAAGAUCAGCCGAGCUUCACACAAAACGUCUGUUUGCGGUUGAUCAGAAUAACCCAAGCAAACCCAGGAUGACUACCAACGCUCAGCAGGCGAAGAGUUGCCCCAUCCCUACCCGGGUUCUCACCCUGAAAGACUGGUCUCAGCUCCCCGAAUGCUACAGUCAGACUCCCGGGGGUACUCUCUUCUCCACAACGCCCGGAGGAACACGCAUCAUCUACGACAGGAAGUUCCUCCUGGACUGUCGUAACUCUCCCAUUGCCCGUACCCCUCCCUGCUGCCUGCCCCAGAUCCCUGGGGUGACGGUGCCCGCUCUGCACCCUCUGGGCAAACUACAGGAGCUAAAAGAGGAGCUGGAGGAGGAGGAGGAGAAGGACCUGGCAGAUGACAGCCAGUUUGAGAUGGACAUCUGAGCUGCAGCUCAUUGCCUCCUGUGGAGAGAGCUGUUUUAUCUUCUGUUCUGACGUCUGAUUGGUCCUUUACUACCAGCAUGCAUCACAUUCACCUUCUUCAACUUCCUUUUUUUUUAACGUUUUGUUGUUGAGGAAACCCUCCCAAAAGAAAAAACAGAAUGGGGGUAUGUUGAUCCCUGAGUUAGGAAAAAAUUAAGCACCAGUGUAUUGUUAAGCAUGGAAUGCUUCAAUGGUUGCAGAUUCGUGUCUGAGCUGCAAGGUUGGAAGAAGCAAUAUGUUUGUGUUUGUAAGUUUGUUGGACUGUUUUUGAUUUGUACAUAAGAGUACAGUACUUUGUAUUUUUUAAAAGGAGGGAAAUGUACUAAAUUUUACAUUAAACAUACAGGGACGGUGGGAUUAAUCAAGACGGCAGAGUUGCUGCUUGUUUUUGUUUUUUUAACGAUAAGACUCCAUUUUGGAGGGGCUGCUGGGCCUAUGAGGGGUCACCAUGUCUGACCCUGGCAUAAGGUUAAAGGUCAGAGGUUGGGGGUGACUGUUGGACAGGCGCCUCCAUGCAGCUACCUGUGGAGGAGGAACUGAAAUGUAUCAAAGUUCAAAAUAAAAAAAGGAUAAAACCUAAA